AUGGCCUGGGCCCCUCUCCUCCUCAUGCUCCUCUCUCACUGCACAGGUGCCCACUCCCAGCCUGUGCUGACUCAGCCUCCCUCCAUCUCUGCCUCCCUGGGCACAUCUGCGAGACUCCCCUGUACUCUAAGGAGUGACAUCAGUGUUGGCAGCUAUACCAUCUACUGGUACCAGCACAAGUCAGGGAGUCUGCCACACUGUCUCCUGUACUACUACACAGGUACAAAUUUGGGUUCCGGGGUCCCCAGCCGCUUCUCUGGAUUCAAAGAUGCCACAGCCAAUGCCGCAAUCCUGCUCAUCUCUGGGCUGCAGCCUGAGGACGAGGCUGACUAUUACUGUAAGAUCUGGUACAACAGCGCUUUCCACAGUGACACAGGCAGAUGGGAAAGUCGUGCAGGACUCUCCCUCUUCUCCCUGUUCAUCACCUGCAACUUCUCCAAAGAGGCUUGGCCAUCCAGCAAUUGGCCGUGCUCUUCCUUGCUCUGA